AACACCAAUCCUAUAUUCAUUUCCCUCGCAUUCAUUUUGCUGGAAGAUUCCAAGCUGAUCCGUCAACCAUAAAUAAUAAUCCAGAUAAUUUUGACACGUAUAACUUUCCCGGGAAAACUGAGGAAUGGAAUCCAACCGGAAGUGCAACAUGGCGACUGGUGGACACACGAAUUACAAGAGUUUGUUAUGCAAACGAAGUUUGCACUUCUUUGGAAAGCGAUGACGCGCUUAACAACAAAUUACUUGAAGGUAAGUGUUCUCAGAACUUGAGGAAAAGUCAAGACCCAAGGAGCGGCAUUCGCUAUCCUUCGGUGAGCUGUAAUUCCGUUUCCAAGAGAUAAUGAAGUGAACUUUCCCCUAUUCCAUGCAACAAGCAACGUUCUCCGUAGCUUAGUAUUGAGAACACGGCAACAAUUGCAGAGGCAUAGUUUGGUUUUUGCCGGAGGACCUGAGUUGCAUUUUUCGCAACGUUUCCGAUUUGGUCUUAAAUCAAUCUCGUUCCCCGAGCAUGCCCGUUCGCCGGUUAAGGGUGGGCAUAGCUCUGAAGAAAUCAAAUUGAUUCACGUUGGAUUUCCAACGUGAGUUUUACGCAUGCUCGGCAGUUGUUACAAAAUAUAUAAAACAAAGUAUUUAGAAUUUCUCAUCAUAACUGUAUAUCAACACGGAAAGUGUUUUAUAUUUGUUAAGUAAAGGUCAAGAACGAUGUAUACAAACGCUAACAAUACAAGUCGAAGCGCCUUAGCGCGCCAAUUCGCUCGAAACGUCGAAGUCCUCCUUGUAUUUUUCAGGUAGUUGUAUCCCUAUCAAUCCGAAGCUUUCGUACAUAUUUGGGUAGCCUCGCAGUGGCUCGGAAGAGUGAUUUUCAUUGGCUCGAUUUGACAAUUGCUUUUGUGUUUAUAACAAUGAAUUGCUUCGUUCUUUAGAAAACCCCAAUCCAAUUGGAAAUAGCCUUUCGAGGCACUGCGAGGCUUCCCACAUAUUUCCCCCAGAAUUUUUAGUUGUUUUCAAUCGAUUUCAGUGUAAAAAGUAUCAAAUUUUCGACGAGAAAUUCCAAAUACUUUGUUUAUAUUUUGCAACAAUUGCUGAGCAUGCGUAGUACUCACGUUGGAAAUCCAACGUACUAUCUGCCGCUAGCCAAUCACCGGCCUGAAUCAAUUCGAUUUCUCCAGAGCUAUAUAUGCCCACCCUUAACCUGCGAACGAGCAUGGUCGGGGAACGAGAUUGGUCUUAAAUCGUAUGUUUCUGUUCCCACAAUUAAGUCAGUUGAAAAAAAAACGAAGGAAGUGCGCAAUCAUACAAUCCACAAGAUAAUUAAUUGCCUCACUUUUUGAAUCAAUUAUAUGUGCUUGAAAUUGGCACAUUCGCAACGAUUGGGUUGAAUUAGUUCUUUACCAAGGAAAAAAUUAUAAUCUGUUGAUUCUGUUCUUUCUAAAACACAGAUGGUAAUUUCGGCGCAAGUGCAAAGCUGGUUGACUAUGAUGUAGAUUUCCAAUCGUCGACCCAAAUUUAUGGGUGGUCAAUGCAAGUUAAAGACUUUUUUAAAGGGGAUUUUCAGCGCGUUGGAUUUCAAUAUAUGUGGUCAAAAAUGAAAGUUAAUGUCUUUAGUAUGGCAAUCUUUGGAGUUGCAUAUCAAAGUGUUCUUACAAAUGUUCAGUUUGGGUCAAGAAUCGGGGCUUCGCCGAUAAUGCAACACUUAAAGGAACAUUUGAAUUUUAGUGACAAAAAAGAAUUAUCAAUCCGUUUUAACACUGACAUGUACGAUUCUUUUGAUACCUCAGCUAAUUUCACUUACGCAAGAAUGGUUGGUUCCAUAGGCAUUUCAGGUCACGAUUCGCCGCCUUAUUUCACAUUUGGUCGUAUGCUUAAACCAAAUAAUGAUCCUCCGAAUUUUUGGUUUUCUCCUUUUGUUUACGACUAUGAAAAGAAAACCCUCUUGCUUGACCUGGGUAAUAGUUUGGCUAUCACAGAGGACGGAAAUAUUUUGAAAUCAAUUGGAAACUUGGCUCUGGCGUAUACAAAUAAAACGAGUGACAUAAUAGGAUGUCCCGACACAUGGAAUCCAUUUGGUCAUAUAUACUUUAGUGACUUAGGAAAUUACGCGCUUACAGCUGGAAUAUUUAAGAUUGAUGUGGGAAAAGUGGAUUUGCGUAAAUCCAGAGUUAUUUUGGCGCAGGUACGGUACUUAAUGUUUCUUCAAUUUAUGGUUGUUGAAUAUAAGCACACUCUUACAUUGUAUUUACCCAUCCAGUGCAAAUCUGCCACUUUGUAGGUAGGUAUGUCCAUUGGAUCCAUUGUAAAAGUGAAAUUUUAUUGACCAUAUGACUCUUGAUCCAUUGGGCAAGUAAAAUAACAUUGUAUUUGCCCAACUAGUGCAAAUCUACCACUUUGUAGGUAUAGGUAUGUCCAUUGGACCCAUUGUAAAAGUGAAAUUUCCAUUGACCAUAUGAUUCUUUAUCCAUUAUAGACAAGUAAAAUAACCAUUAUAUCGACAUAUGACUGUCCAUUGAAUCCAUUAGACAAGUGA